AAACUCUAGUUAAUUUCAUUUGAAGAGCUAUGUGUACAGCUUUGGACUCUUGCUGCUGUCGAUGUCACUUGGAAAAGACCUACAGGUAAAAAGCAUCAGAGUAGGAUUAUGUCGAUCUACUAUGUACAUCUGAGCAUUUUAGUAAGUCAAUGCUCUCAAACUGUGAACCUUCUUCAUCGUCAUUGAUGAGCCAACAGAACGAGGUUUUGCAAAUAUUUUAUCACCGCCAACUUCUGUUGACCGUUGGUUGCUUCCUCUCAAGUUUUGUUUCCUUAAAAUAUUAUUUCUCUUUAAUUAUUAAUUCUCUUAUUAUUGAUGCAUGGAUGUUGAUUCUUUGAUUGAGAAGGUACUUUUUUAUAAUCUAACUGUCAAUUUUCUUUGCUUGUCUUGAUAACGAACUUUACCCCUUUUUGGGGGUACAAAAAGAAUAUACAAGUAGUAGUCUUCUUCGGUUCCUAACGAACAAAGACAAAGCUGGUGCAGUGUAACACAAAAGAACUACUCCUUUACAAUGCAUCUUCCUUGUAUGGGCCUUAUACUGUUUCAAGUACUUGCUCUACAUACUCUUGUGUUCUACUGUCAGGCAUCCAGUUUCACUGAUCAGACAGACAAACAAGCGCUGCUCGAGUUUCAGUCUAACCUAUCACCAAACAGCCGAGUUUCCUUAGCUUCAUGGAAUAAAUCUUUUGAUCUCUGCAACUGGACUGGAGUUACCUGUGCCCGGAAACACAAGAGAGUCACUACUUUAAACCUCAGCGGGAUGAAACUAAGCGGUGUUAUCUCGCACUCUAUCGGUAACCUCUCUUUCCUCACAACUCUUAGUCUCGCACACAACUCUUUCCACGGUAGCAUCCCUCCUGAGGUGGGGAAGCUGUUCAGGCUUCAACACUUGAACCUGAGCAACAAUCUCGGAGGUGGGAUUCCACUCGGCUUAUCCAACUGUUCUGCACUUUUGACAGGGAAGUUGCCUGCCUCUUUCGGGAACCUAACAUCACUAGAGAGGCUUGAUCUCGCGUAUAACCGUAUGGAAGGAGAGAUCCCUAAGAGUAUGUCCACACUCACGAGGAUUAAGUUUCUCCGACUAGCGCAAAACAAGUUUUCAGGAGUCUUUCCUCCUGCUAUUUACAACCUCUCCUCACUUCUGUUUCUAUCCAUCCCAACAAACUCCUUCUCCGGUCAGCUUAGGCCUGACGUUGACUUGCUUCCAAACAUUCAAGUGCUGUUCUUGGGAGGAAACGCUUUCAAAGGGCAGAUUCCAUCUUCGCUAGCCAAUAUUACAUCUUGAUUACAUAAUCUAGAAAUACUCGGGCUUAGUUACAACUCCUUGGGAAGUUACUCCUCCAGAGAUCUUGAUUUUCUUGGCAGUUUGAAUAACUGCACUCAACUACAGUAUCUUGGUGUUGGGUACAACAGACUUGGGGGGAAGAUGCCUCAUGCUAUAUCCAAUCUCUCCAACCAGUUAACAUAUCUAUUCCUUGGAGGAAACUUCAUCUUUGGGAGCAUUCCUCAUGACAUCGGAAACCUUGAAAGCCUCCAAACAUUCAAGGUUGAGCAGAGCCUCUUGACAGGUGAACUUCCCACCUCCCUUGGAUGCAGAUUAGGAAGGCUCCAGUUACAGUCCAAUAUGAUGUCAGGAGAGAUACCAUCUUCCUUGGGGAACCUCAGUAUGAUAGCUGAGCUCUAUUUGUAUAACAAUAGUUUCAAAGGAACCAUCCCUCUACUUGAUUACAACAUGCUGCAUGGCUCCAUACCUCAAGAACUCAUGGAAGCUCGGUCUCUGGUUGCUUUAAAUGUUUCGUAUAAUAAUCUGACUGGAGAUUUACCAAGCGAGGUGGGAAAGCUGGAGAAUCUUAUUCAGCUAUACGUUUCACACAACCAGUUAUCAGGACAUAUACCGCAAACCCUGGGGAGCUGUCUCUCCUUGGAAGAGAUUAGUUUAAAUAGAAACUUAUUUGAAGGAAGCAUCAUUAAUAUCAGAGGGCUGAGGGACCUUAAAUUCUUGGAUCUAUCCAACAACAAUCUCUCUGGCUCUAUACCUGGUUAUCUAGUAAACCUCUCUGUGAAUAGUCUUGAAGGGCCAGUACCAAGUGAAGGAGCAUUUCGAAAAUUCAGCCAAGUUUCUAUAUUUGGAAACAUAAAUCUUUGUGGGGGCAUCCCUGAACUACAGUUAAGGCCAUGCUCCGUGGAAGGAGAGAUUAAAAGAGUGAAGUCUUCAGUGAAAAAGAAAAAAUUAGUCAUUGGCAUUGGUGCAGGUGUUGCUAUGUUUGUACUUUCGGUAAUCGGUAUCAUCUCUCUGUGUUGGCUCAAGAAACGUAACAGAAACGACAGGGUUAGCAAUAUGUUUAGCUCCACAACUGUUCCUGUACAUGAAAGGGUAAGUUACGAGGAGCUUCAUAAUGCGAGCGGUGGGUUUUCUUUGGGAAACACCAUUGGGUCAGGGAACUUUGGUGUUGUGUACAAAGCAUUGCUCGGUGCUGAGGACAGAGCUGUUGCCAUCAAAGUGUUGAAUCUCAGUAAGCCUGGAGCUGCCAAGAGCUUUAGCGCAGAGUGUGAAGCCUUGAAGGGUGUAAGGCAUCGCAACCUUGUGAAGCUCCUAACAGCUUGCUCCAGCGUCGAUUACAAAGGUAAGGAAUUUAGAGCCUUGGUGUAGCCGGAUGGAAGCUUGGAUAUGUGGCUGUACCGAGAAGGGACCAGCGAUACAACCUCAAGGCCCUUGACCCUUCGUGAAAGGUUUAACGUAGCUAUAGACGUGGCAUCUGCGUUAGAGUAUCUUCACGUUAAUUGUCAUGAUCCCAUAGCUCAUUGUGAUCUUAAGCCAAGCAAUGUACUUCUGGAUGAUGAUCUAACAGCACAUGUUAGUGACUUUGGUCUAGCUCGACUGCUUCUCAAAUUCGACCAAGAGUCCUUCCUUAAUCAACUCAGCUCGGCCGGCGUUAGAGGAACCAUCGGCUAUGCCGCACCAGAGUAUAGAAUGGGAGGACAACCAUCAAUACAUGGUGAUGUGUAUAGCUUUGGGAUUCUCCUUUUGGAAAUGUUCACAGGGAAACGACCAACCAAUGAACUAUUUGAAGGAAGUUUUACACUAUACAGCUAUACCAAGUCAGCAUUGCCUGAGAGUGUAGUGAACAUGAUUCUUCAGAGAGGUCUACGAGUUGGUUUCCCUGUUGCUGAGUGCUUGACAAUGGUCUUGGAGUUGGGACUUAGGUGUUGUGAGGAACUUCCAAGGAACCGGUUGGCCAUAAGUAAAAUUGUAAAGGAGUUAUUCAUAAUCAGAGAGAGGUUCUUUAAAACCAGAAUAACCGCCAGACGUUGAAGUGUUUUGAUUUCCUCUACAACAUUUGAAAUCCUCAAAGGUUAAUAUCAUAACGCCUAGCUACGAAAUAAUUUGAUUUAUUAGCACAUACAUAUAUUGGAAAAUUACAUGUUUACCACUUUCAUGCUACCACUUUUCAUUUUUACCAUCACUAAUGAGACAUUUUCAAAAAUACAUUCUUCAUUAAGUGACAAAAGACUCUUAUGUCCUUGUUAUUUAUAUAUAUAAUAAAUUAUUAUUUAAAUAAAAAAAAA